CAACAUCCUUCGAAUGAAGUUUCGUAAUAAGCGAAACCUAAGUCCAAGCACUUGACAUUAGUCAAACGAGGAACAGAACAGCUGAUAUUUCACUAUAAAAAUAUAGCAAUCAAAUCAGCUUAGCAACAGCAAGACUAAAAUCAAAAUAAACAAAGAACCAACAACGAAAAUGUAUCCGAAGUUAUUGCAAAAUAAGCCAACAGGCGCAACAGUUUGCUCACGGCAGCGGUUUCACACAAGCAAUACAAGCAUUCCCACCUCAAUCUUACUCCUAAGCAGUCUCAUCGCACUCGUUGUGCUAAUGACGCCCGCUUACGCAUUGGCAAACUGCCCGAGUAGCUGUCAAUGUGACGACGAUACGUUAGUGGUGCGGUGCGGUGAAGGUACACUCGACGUCUUACCCAUCACGCUGAAUCCUUUCAUACAGCGUCUAGUGAUACAGAGCAACAAAAUCAAAACCAUCGAUUCAUCUCUACAAUUUUAUGCAGAGCUAUUGUUUCUCGAUCUCUCCUAUAAUGAUUUGGUCACGUUGCCAAUGCGUACAUUCCAAUUCCAGCGUAAGCUUCAAGAGCUACAUCUGAAUCACAAUAAAAUCGGACAAAUCAGCAAUAUGACCUUCGUGGGCUUGGCCGCACUAACGGUACUCAAUUUACGUGGCAAUCUGUUAGCCGAACUCGAACAAGGCACGUUUGCCAAAAUGUCAAAAUUAGAGGAAUUAAAUUUGGGACAGAAUCGCAUUAAUCGCAUCGAUCCACGCGCCUUUGAUGGGUUGAUGAAUUUGCGCACGUUAUAUUUGGAUGAUAACACAUUGACUACGGUACCGGCGCCCAGCAUUUUCCAAGCGAUGCCUAACUUAGCUGAGCUUUAUUUGGGUACGAACUCUUUUACGUCCAUACAAGGCAAUGCUUUUAUUGUCCUGAAGGGCUUGACGCGUUUGGAUUUACGUGGUGCCGGCUUGCACAAUAUAUCUGCCGAGGCUUUGAAAGGAUUAGAGGGCUUACGGUACUUAGAUUUGGCUGAUAAUCGGCUACAGACUGUGCCCACCAAUGCGCUGAGUCACUUAGAAAGAUUGGAAGAACUAUUACUGGGACAGAAUGAUUUUGAGGUGAUUGAUAGUGGUGCGUUUGCCGGUCUCAAGCAGUUACGCAAGUUAGAGAUUACGGGCGCUCAGCGAUUACGCAGCGUGCAAAAUGGCGCUUUUACCGCCAAUACCAAUCUGGAGCACUUGAAUCUUUCGUCCAACAAAAUGCUCCAAGAAGUGCAGGAGAAUGCUUUGAGUGGCCUGCCACAUCUGCGUCACGUCAUACUCAAAGAAAAUGAUCUGCAUACACUUGCUGAAGGACUCAUUCCCUGGUCCGAUCUGCAGACACUCGAUCUCUCCGACAACCCCAUUGUGUGUGAUUGUCAAGUGCUGUGGCUACGCAAUCUGCUUGUCUCGAAGAAUUCUUCCACCGACAAGCUGAUCGGCGUGAUGUGCGCCUACCCGGAACCCAUGCGCAAAGAACCGCUUUCGCAUCUAUCGCCAGCUAUGCUUGGCUGUUCGCACAGCGACUCCAAGCAGCAAGCGCUAAUCGUUGUAGUCGUGGUCGUAACUACCGCCACCAUAACUGGCCUAUCAUUGCUCAUUUACGGUUGCCGCCGACGCAUACGCGAGACACUCAAAGGCGGUUGGGGCAAUUCUGCGUUGGGUCGCAAGGAACGUGAAUACCAAAAAACCUGCUCCGAUGAGGAGUACAUGACACGACAGCAGCACCCAUGCAGUCUAAGCAUACAGCCAACGGCCCCCUAUACCAGCAAUGGUGGUUAUAACAUCCAUCAGACGCAGCCGUAUAUGGGCUCCCGGCCCAUUCCCGUCACCGAGCUAUAG